AUGGAAAAAGGCGUAGGCGUUUGGCUCCGUGACCAGGAGACGGACGAGUGGCACCGUGCGACGGUCGUCCAGCUCGGCGAGCCACAGGACGGGUCGGGUCAUCGCCAAGUGACGCUGCGCGCGAGCGAGGGGCCGCACGCCAAGACGGACAAGACGAUGGUGAUGGACGUGCACGCGCUCGAGAACGAAGAGGUGGAGGGCGUGCUGCUUGCCAACAGCAGCGACAUGGACGUUGUCGAAGAUUUGAUCCAGCUGCCGCACCUUCAUGAGCCAGGAAUAUGCCACACGCUGGGCGAGCGGUUCAAGAUCAAUGAGAUUUACACGCUCACGGGCGAGAUCUUGCUCGCGAUCAACCCGUUCCAGCAUCUUGGCAUUUACACGGACAAGAUCACGCGCAAGUAUAUCCGUAACGGAGACAAGCGCGUGCUGGGGCAAGAAGUGCCCGACAUGCCACCGCACGUCUACAGCAUUGCUGAUAAGGCUUACCGCUCGCUGAUGAGUCCGAUUGGGCACGGGGCGCGUGGAAGCGCUGCGAAUCAGUCGAUUCUCGUCAGCGGGGAGAGUGGAGCUGGUAAGACGGAGACCACCAAGUUUGUCAUGAACUACCUUGCGACCAUAUCGCAACACAAGAGCACGUCUGCAGAAAGCAGCGUCAUGAAGCAGGUUCUGUCGUCGAAUCCGAUUCUGGAGUCGUUUGGAAACGCGCGCACGAUUCGCAACGACAAUAGCAGUCGUUUCGGAAAGUUUAUCAAGAUGGAGUUUUCGACCGAGGGAAGUCUUGUGGGCGCUUCAAUCCAGACGUAUUUGCUCGAGAAAGUGCGUUUGGCUUACCAAGCCGAGUCGGAACGGAACUACCACAUUUUCUAUGAGAUUAUUGCUGGUGCUACUGCGGAGGAGAAGAAGAGAUGGAACCUGAAAGCAUUGACCACAUUUCAUUACUUGAACCAAAGCACGUGCGUUAAGCGAAAGGAUGGCGUCAACGAUGCGGAUCAGUUUGUAGUGUUGAAGGCCGCUAUGCAGACGAUGGGCUUCAACGAGGACGAUAUGGAGAGCAUCUUCGUCACUAUUUCAGCCCUGCUGCACAUUGGCAACUUGGAGUUUGACGAGAUACAUCAAGCCUCCGGCACGGAGGGUUCAGAGAUUUCGAACACGUGUGUCGACUCGAUGCAGGUGGUACUCGACUACUUGGAGACCGACAAGCAAGGUCUUGAGCAGGCAAUAUGCAAUCGCAAUAUCCAAACAAAGGACGAACAUUACUCGAUCGGUUUGCUGCCAAGUGCUGCUGAGAACGUUCGUGACGCUCUUGCUCGCUUCUUAUACGGAAAGCUGUUUGACUGGCUUGUCUGCCGUAUCAAUGAUACCGUGGAAAAUGAGACCCGUGGUGUCCCGUUUAUCGGUCUUUUGGACAUUUUCGGUUUUGAAGACUUGGAGCACAACUCGUUUGAGCAGUUGUGCAUUAAUUAUGCGAACGAGACUCUACAGCAGCACUUUAAUUUAACUGUGCUCCGAAUGGAGCAAGAGACGUACGAGAAGGAGGAGAUUCAGUGGAGCUUUAUCAACUUUCCAGACAACGGUCCAUGCAUCGACUUGAUUCAGAGCAAGCCGUUUGGCAUUCUUCCGGCUCUUGACGAAGAGUGCAUUGUUCCGCAGGGCAACGAUCAGAACUUUUCACGAAAGCUGUAUCGCCAACACGGUCAAAAUCCUCACUUUAGUGCGAGCAAGACGGAAAUGGCCAACCAUUUGUUUGUCGUGCACCAUUACGCAGGCGCAGUUACGUAUGAUACGUUUGGGUUCUGCGAGAAGAACAAGGACAUUUUGUACCCUGAGAUUACCGCUAUCAUUGAGCGAUCGUCGAAGCCUUUUGUGCGUGGACUUUUGCAGGUUUCUGCCGAGACCAAGGUAUCGGUUCGGAAGCCAAAAGGCAGGGCCUCGAGCAAUGCCACCCGUGUGAGUUUGGGGUUGCAGUUUCGAAAUCAGCUGAAGACGCUGCUGGAAACGAUCAAUGUCACGGACUGUCACUACGUGCGCUGUCUGAAGCCGAACGAUAAGGCCGAGGCCAACUUGUUGAUGCCGAAGCGUGUGUGUGAUCAACUAAAGGCUGGUGGUGUGCUAGAAGCUGUGCGCGUCAACCGUGCUGGUUAUCCUGUCCGCAUUGCCCACCAGCAGUUUAUCAAGCGUUACCGUCCGCUGGCAAAUGGUGAGUAUUUGCAACGCAUUCCAGCUGAAUCAGCUGAAGAAGUCUUUGAUAGCAACGAUCGAAAGGAAGCCGCAAGUCUGUUGGUGGAGUUUUUGCUGAAGGCUCAUGCCGGACGGUACCCGGAGCUCGCAGGUGCGCCGUCGGCGAACAAACAGGAGACGGCUGUCACGGGCAUUCAAGUCGGUCUUACCCGUGUGUUCUUUCGCCGUUCGGCCAUUCAGUUUGUGGAGGCUCAAUUGGCCAAACGUUAUGGUGAAUUUGUGGUGCUCAUUCAGGCUGCUGUCCGCGGCCUGAUCGCCCGACGCCACUAUGCUCGCAUGCAGGUGUCGGCUGUUGUCGUGCAAAAGGUGAUCCGUGGGUUCAAUACUCGUUGCCGAUUCUACGUGCUGCGAGAAAACCAUCGUAAAAAGCAGGCUGAGAUAUUGCGUCAGAAGAUGCUUGCAGAGAAGAUGCUUGCAGAGAAGACGCUUGCAGAAAAGAUGCUUGCAGAGAAGAAGAAGCGCGAAGAAGAACGGCGGGCUAGUGAAGAGCAGCGUUUGAUCGACAAGAAUCGCAAGGCUGCUGAGCUGGAGGAGCAGAACCGUCUCACUGCUCAAUCGGCGUCAUCUGAUCCAGUGUCGGAUGAUUCGUCGGAAGGAGACCGCGGUUCAUCCAUGAAAGUCCCCAGUUAUUCCGGAGGCUUGAACGAGGGACUUGGCAAUCGCACGGUAUCUCGUUUCCGCUUUACAAAGGAUUACACUGACGACGACCAGUUGAUGCCAAACACCUCCCGACAAGUGGCAAUGGACCCGGGCGACACUGUGCUGCACGUGGCUGCAAACUGCUGCAAUGAGCAAGAUGUGUUGAAGCUGCUCCAGAAUGGAUCCGACAUCAACGCAUGCAACCGUCGAGGGCGUACUCCGUUGCACACUGCGUCGCUUUAUCAGAACGUUGAAGUCGUCGGCAUCCUUCUGGACUGGGGUGCUGACCAUAUUGUUCAGGAUAACGAUGGCAACACGCCUUUGCAUUUGACCAAGGAGCCUCGUAUUGCUCGAAUGCUACUGGAAGCUGGUUGUACGCCCAACAUUGUGAACGCGGACGGCCGGACUGCCCUGAUUGAUGCCGUGGACCGUGGUGACGCUAAGACUGUAAAACUGCUGCUGCACUUCAAGGCGGACGUGUUGUUCCGAGAGCUGAAGCACCAUCAGACAGCACUACACUUGGCAGUCCGGAAGGGUCACUACCAAAUUGUGAUGGAAUUGUGCAAGUCUGACGACAUCCAGGAUUUGAUUCUUUUGACGGAUCGCAAUGACAACAACGCGCUGCAUUUUGCCGUCUCCCGCGAUCGUAAGAAUGGAUACCGCCUUGUAGAUUACUUGAUCAAGCAUGGCGGUGAGGUCGACAAGGUGAAUGCCCGUUUCCAGACUCCGUUGGUGGUUCACAUUAUGACAACUCGUCAGACUGACUCGGCUAUCACAGAACUGUUUCUCGUGAGAGGAGCCGACGCAAACGUUCACCUGGCCGAUGGGUCCACGCUUCUCCACGUCGCCGUGGAGCGUGAGCUGAUUGAUAUUGCUUGUGUGCUGAUAAAGUUUGGUGGAUCGCUGAACGCGCCUGACGCCAAGGGGCGAAUGGUGAUUGAGGUGGCGAACAAAAAGUAUUUGAAGAAACUAUUUAGCGCGGUCACGCAACCUCCCACGUGGAUCGACGAGAAGGAGCGUCGGUCGUGCAUGCUCUGUGGAUCUAACUUUAAGUUCGGCAAUCGUCGUCACCACUGCCGGCACUGCGGGCGGGUAUGCUGCUCUGACUGCUCGGCAUUUACGGUGGAAAUGCACCGGUUUCCGAAGGAGUUCCCUGGACGCACGACUAGUGGCGGCAAGCAGGUAAAAGACCCACAGCGCGUGUGCCGUACUUGCCAUGCCGUGUUUAAGAUGCGAAGCGCUCAGAAGGAGUCCAAAUCAGGCUUUAUGGCGCGCGUGCUCGGGUACGAGUGGGACGAGAUUACUGCGACGAAUUGA